AUGGACUCACUCCUCAACCAAACAAACCUGAGUACAUCUACAUCUACUUCCUGCACUGUGGAGUCCUCACUGGAUCAGCGCAUGUAUCCAGCUGCCUAUUCUCUCUUUUUUAUUGUGAGCUUUCCAGCUAACUGCCUGUCUCUGUAUGUGGCCUGGAUGCUGAUGAGGAACGGGAACAGCAUGGCAGUCUACCUUGUCAACCUGUCCAUUUCUGACCUGCUCUACACGAUCUCCCUUCCUGUGUGGAUUGAACUGGCCCUGCAGAGACCUGUAAGUGGUGGUCUCUGCAGCUUAGUGGCUGUGAUCAUGUACAACAGCUUUUACGUCGGCUCUGGCCUCCUUUGCUGUAUCUCCGUUGAUCGUUAUCUAGCAGUGGUCUAUCCUUUCCACUUUCACUGGAUCAGGGAGGUGCGGACAGCAGCACUUGUGAGCAUCGCUGUAUGGGUGUUGGAGUUCAUCAUCCACAUUAUCUUACUUCACCACACAGGGGCGCUGCAAGCUUUCUCCACAAGUUACUUGUGUCAGGAGCAUGUACCCAUAACACAAGAGAAUGCCAACGUUGCUCUUAUACGGGUCAGUCUGGGUUUCUUGGUCCCUGUCUUCAUCAUGGCUUUUUGCUUUCAGCAGAUCAUGCAAUCACUCCAGCAGAGCACCUCCAUCCUGGCAGUGGAGCGCAGGAAAGUUGGACUGCUUUUGUUGUGUCUGCUUCUAACCUACAUAGUAGCCUUUCUGCCCUACCAGACUGUCAUGCUGCUCAGGGCCAUACUGGAGCCCAGAGACUUCAUCUGGUCUGCAAGACUCAGAGAUCCCUAUCUGGUCACAGUUGCCACCACAACCAUGAACAGCGCAUUGGAUCCUAUAAUGUACUGUUUAAUCAGUGACAGUGCUAAGAAAGAGAUUAGGAAAGUUCUGGAGAGAGGCAGGGCAGUUGUCAUGUGGAGGAAAGGUUCGGAGAGCUCUAAUGGAGUAAGUUUCUGA